AUGUAAGAUGCUAAAGAUAAUGAAGAAUUUGUAUAAAAUGAAUAAGAAUUUAAAUAUAUUAGUGAAUAAGUGAAAUAGAAAUUAAGAAAAGGAGAAUACAAUACUGAUGAUUAUUAUAAGAGAAAUGUUGAUGAUUUAAAAAAAUGUGUAUGAUCUGGAAUAUAAAUAAUAGAUUAAAAUGAUGGAAACAGAAGCUUCAAUGAUUUCUAAUAAUUCUAAGAAGAUAUUAUAGAAUAAAAUAUUAUAAUAUAAGAAGCAAUUAGAUGUAAUAGAAGAGAAUAUUAAUGAAUUAUUGAUAAAACAAAAGAAAACAGAUAAUUUAAAAGGAAACUUAUUUGAGAAUGAUCUUAUAAUCGAAGAGAUUGAUAGAUUAACUUAAGAUACAGAAUAAAUUGCCUUGAAUGUUGACUAAAAAAUGAAUGCAGGAACUCUUGCAUUACAAUAAACAAAAUUUAAAGUAUCAAUUUAAAGUAAAUAGAAAUAAGACUUAAAGUCAAAUAUAAGAAAAAGUGAAUUUACAAUAUCAAUGAUGAAUAAUUAAAUAACUAUGGAUAAAAGAUCUUUGUGGGCUAUUGUAAUAUUAUUAGGUAUUAUAGACUUAUAUGCAAUUUAUAAAAAGUAUUUUUGAUUAUUUUUUAUAUUUAGUAUAUUAAAAUUAUAAUAAUUUUUAUAGAGUAAUUUUAUUAACAGAAAUGUAAUAGGAAUCUCAAAACAAGAAAAUCACCUUUAAAUUUCUUAAUGUAUUUUAAUUACUUAUUUUAGUAAUUGAAACUUAUGAUUAAGCCAUCUUAAAAAAUUAUAUAGAUCACUCAUGCAUUAGUAACAAUAUUAAGUGGAACAAUAGCAUCUAUUUAAGGAAACUAAAUAAAACCUGAUUGGUAAUCAAUUAAAUAUAAUAUACGAAAUACUAAUGAAAUUUUAGAAAUAAUUAAUGAUCCAUAAACAUUUUAAAAAAGAGUACGUUUUGAAAAUCUAGAGAAAUCAAUGUUGAUAUUUUAAUCAAUUUAAUAAUAAAAUCAAGAUGAAUAAAAUGAUGAGACUUUUUAAUUAAUAUAAGAGACUUACAAUUCACUUUUAGCUAUUGCAAAACCUUUGUUUAAAAAUUUAUUAUUAUGUAGAAAAACUAAUUAAAGAAAUAGAUCAUUAAGUUAAAAUGGUUUUUAAAAAAUUGACAAACUUUAAUAAUCUUAAUAAUCAUUCACUAAUAAAUCAAAUAUUUCUUAAUAAUAAUUAAAUAAUAGCCAUACCAAAAUUAAUAAUAGACCUAGAAGUUAAUAAUCAAAUCUAACUCUUAGUCGUUCUUCAUCUAAUUCUAAAGACUAUUAAAAAAGAGUAAUUGAAGCUCAAAUUAAAAAAGUAUAUUGUUAAUUUAAAAUAGUAAUCAAGAUUGGAUAAAAUUUUAAAAUUAUAGACAAAUAAACCAUCAGCUAAAUCCUAAAUAAAACAAAUGAUUGAUGGUUAAUAAUCUUUAAAUAGAUCUUAUAGAUCAAAUAGUAAAGAAUCUUUGAUGAGACAAGAAAUCGAAAAAAAUUAAUAAAAAAUCAAAAAAAUGAAAUAAUAAGAAAAUGCUAUUAAAUGGGAAAUAGAAAGAGAAAGUAAAAGAAUCAGAGAAAAUGAAAUUGUUAAUUAGAUUUAAGAUGAAAUUUAUAGAUAUAAAAUAAGUUGGGAAAAUGAUUAAAAAAUUAAACAAGAAAAACGAAAAAGUAUUGCUAAGUAAAAUAGUUUAAAAAAAUAAAAUUAUACUAAUAAUGAAACUUAGAGAAGUAAUUCAAUCAAUUAUGAUGAAAAUAAAGGAAAUAGUUUGAAAUAAGAUCUUUUGUUAACUGAAAAAUUAAAAAGUGAGAAGGAAUAAUCAUUAAAUAAAAUAUUAAAAACAAUAAAUAAUUCUAAAUAGAAAUAAUAAUAAUAGUUGAAAUGA